AUGGCAAAUCCUGGCACCCUGAACCGUUUCCGUGUUCGUCCGGCAGAGCCGCAAGACUGUGCAGAAAUCCUGCGUCUCAUCAAAGAGUUAGCUGCUUAUGAAAAUAUGCCGGAUGCAGUAAAGAUAACAGAAGCAGAUUUACUUCGAGACGGUUUUGGAUCGCAUCCUUUCUUCUACUGUUUAAUAGCGGAGGCAAGAAAAGAAGAUGAAACUGAAGAUACCGGUAUUGUAGGCUUUGCAAUGUACUACUUUACGUAUGACCCUUGGAUUGGCAAGUUGCUGUACCUGGAAGACUUUUAUGUAAUGGAUGAUUUUAGAGGUUGGGGCAUUGGAACAGAGCUUUUAAAGAAAUUAAGCCAGAUAGCUCUCGAGAACAGCUGUAGUUGCAUGCAUUUCCUCGUCGUCGUUUGGAAUAAGCCAUCUAUAGAGUACUACAUGAGGCGUGGCGCUUCAGACCUUUCCACUGAGGAGGGCUGGCAUCUCUUCAGGUUUGACAAAGAACAGCUUAUCACAAUGGCUGAUGGACAAUAAAAAGAACUUUCUUUUUUAUCAUUCCAAGCUUUGAAGCCAAUGAGCUCAUCAGGUCUGCAAAAACAUAUAGCCCGCCACGGCCGUCCCCUCCAUGCCUCUCAAGCAGGGUAGUAUAAGAGCAACAGAAAUUAAAAAAAACAGUUGGCCUGCUUUGUGACUUAUUUUGAUAUGUCGCUAUUAUUAUUAUUUUGCCUGAGGACACCCACAGGGCCCCGCAGCUUCCUGGCGUUCUCUUACGUUUCCUGCUUCUUCACUGUGUCUCACAGCGGUUGAGGCGGGCCUAAUCCUGUGGCUCAUCAAAAACGCUUGCACCGUAGAACUCUGCUCAUGGGAAAGUCUGGUGCAGCAGAUACUCAGCUGGAUCGUAGCACCAGCACAAAGGGCUCUUUUUGUAGCAGGUACUCAUUUGCA